CAAAGGAGGACGAUGUCGGAGGAAAAGAACAAGUGGUAUCAACAUGAAAACUUCCAUUCAAGCAGCAGGACCUUCCAAUAUCACCAUUUCACCAAAAGUAAAAGGGGAAAAUAGUCAAAACAUAAAGACUAGACCUGCUGGUUAUUACUUCCAGGGUGUAUGGCAGGCAUUAGAUGGGACCAGGGUUCUCCAGUUUAAUACAUCCAUGGCAAUUAGACAGUGUCUGAAAGGCAAGGUGCUCCACAUGUAUGGAGACUCCACCAUCAGGCAGUGGUUUGAAUAUUUUACGGAAUCAGUACCAGGUCUAAAGAAGUUUGACCUGAAAAGUCCAAAGCAAACAGGACCCUUCCUAGCCUUGGAUUAUGCAAACAACAUUUUAGUGACCUUCCAGUGCCAUGGUCCUCCCAUCCGUUUUGGCACCAUGCCUGCUAGUCAGGUGCGUUAUAUUGCCAAUGAAUUGGACAAAGUAGUUGGAGGGACCAACACUGUUGUGGUUAUUGGCAUCUGGUCCCACUUCAGCACUUUCCCCAUUGAAGUCUACAUCCGACGUCUGCUGAGCAUAAGGAGGGCAGUGGUGCAUCUAUUGACCAGAGCUCCAGGUACACUGGUCUUCAUCAGGACCCCUAAUCCCAAAGCAUUGACACUUUAUGAGACACUGACAAACAGUGACUGGUAUUCACUACAGUGUGAUAAGGUCCUCAGAGCAAUAUUCAAAAGGGUGAAUGUUCAACUGGUGGAUGCCUGGGAGAUGACUGUAGCCCACCACCUCCCUCACAACCUCCACCCACAACCUCCUAUUAUAAGGAAUAUGAUAAAUGUCAUCUUAUCCCACACAUGCCCCACUGCUGGCAGUUCUAAAGCAGCAACAAAAUCUUAGAAAUUGUUUUGACUGGAUAAACAGGCAACUGUUGGUGAAUAAUUACACGGAUUUAACAACUGAACCUCUACCAAAAUAGACCGGUCAGCUAUAAUGUAUCAUGUUAAGAGUUCUGAGAGUCCAUGUCAACUCUGAUUAACCUUUUCUAUAAGGCUUUGCUAACUGGAAGAUAACACAGUAUUUCAGAAAGCGAUCAUAUCUUUAGUAAAAUUUGGUGGUAGUAAUCUGAUGAUCUGUUUCUGCUUUGCUGUAUCAGUGUCUGACUUACAGUAAUCAAUGGAACUAUGAAUUCUGUUCUUCAGCUGAAAAUCUUGGAGGCAAAUGUUUAGCUUUCAAUUCAUGACCCUCAGUGUAAGACUAUCUGUAUUAUACAACAUUUAUCCAUAGUACACCAGCAAGUCCACAUCUGAACUGCUAAAAAUGUUUGGUAUGGGCUUUCCAAAGAUGGUUUUAUUGAGGCCAGAAAAAAAUGAUUAAAUUAAUGUGGUAUUUCCUUACACUCAAGAUGUUAGUGGUGUAUUUUAGAAGAUCUUUUGACUUGCUUGAUGUUGCUUGAUGAUUUUAACAGGUUCUGUUUAAAUUAUUUCUUUAUUUUAUUGGUCCAUCACCUAUCAGGACUAACUAGGGAGAUUUACAAAAUAAACUGUGGUUAAAUGCAUAGAAUGCAUGGAUUCAGCAAUCGGAUAAUUAAUUAGGUUGGA